AUGGCAUUAGAAGAACCACAUGACACCCAACUUCACUUUCUUGUUAUACCCUUAAUGUCACCAGGCCACUAUAUUCCCACCAUUGACAUGGCUAAGCUACUAGCUCAACAUGGUGUUAGAGUCACCAUAGUCACAACCCCAGUGAAUUCCAUUAGAUUCGGGUCAAUCCUUGAUCAAGCAAUCCAAUCAGGUCUUCCCAUCCGUUAUCAGGAAUUCCCACUUCCAACUGCAGAGUUUGGGUUACCAGAAGGUUGUGAAAGCUUGGAUGAGGUUCCUAGUAUGGAAAUGGGCAGUAAACUUUUCCUUGCCCAUAGUUCUCUGCAACAACAAGUCGAACAAUAUAUUGAAAACCUGAAUCCAAGGCCAAGUUGCAUCUUAUCUGGCACAUUUCUCCUAUGGACAGCUGAAACAGCAAAAAAGUUUCAGAUUCCAAGGAUUAUAUUUGACGGAAUGAAUUGCUUCACACAGAUGUGUAACCACGUUUUGUACCUCACCAAGGUUUAUGAAAGUGUAGGUGAGUCAGAGUCGUUUGUUUUACCCGGUUUGCCUGAUCGAAUUGAACUAAAAAGAUCCCAACUAUCUUUUGCAUUCAACCCUGGCUCAAAAGACGUGACAGAUUUUGUUGAAAAAGUUCGGGUAUCGGAAUCUGAAGCAUUUGGAGUAGUUAUAAACAGUGUUCGGGAGUUGGAACAAGGAUAUGCUGAUGAAUAUCAGCAAAUCAAAGAAGAUAAAGUUUGGUGUGUAGGUCCAUUAUCCCUAUGCCAUAAAGAUGUAUCAGAGAAGGCCCUGAGAGGUAACAAGCCCUCCAUUAACAAGAACGAAUGCCUAAAGUGGCUAGAUUCUAAAGAUAAUGGCUCGGUGAUCUAUGCAUGUCUAGGAAGUAUUAGUCGUAUGGAGCCUGACCAGUUAGUCGAGCUUGCUUUAGCUCUAGAAUCUUCUAACAGACCGUUUAUUUGGGUGGUUCGGGCGGGCCCCAAGACACCAAAGAUAGCAAAAUGGAUAGAUGAUGAGGGGUUUGAAGAGAGAACCAAAGAUCGAGGUCUAUUGAUCCGUGGGUGGGCUCCACAGCUGGUGAUCUUAUCCCACCCUGCAAUUGGAGGGUUCUUGACUCACUGUGGCUGGAAUUCAACUCUAGAAGGGAUAUGUGCUGGUGUUCCCAUGGUGACAUGGCCUCAGUUUCAGGAGCAGUUCUAUAAUGAAAAGUUAGUUGUACAAGUGUUGAGGAUUGGAGUUAGUGUUGGUGCUCAAAAUGUGGUGCAUUGGGGUGAAGAAGAGAAGUCUGGACUACAAAUAAAGAGUGAGGAAUUGCGGAAGGCUAUAGAGAUUGUGAUGGAAAAAGGGAAUAAAGAAGGAGAAGAGAGAAGAAAGAGAGCUAAAGAACUUAGUAAGAUCGCACAUAAAGCAAUAGAAGAGGGAGGAUCUUCUCACUGCAAUAUGAGACGACUUAUUGAAGAUGUUAGGAAAUUAAGCUAA